AUGAUUACCAGCCUCAUUUUAGUGUCUUGGGUUAUAACCUGGGAAAAGAGUGUCACGAACGCAGAAAGCUCCUAUGUAACAAGUUAUUUUCAAGCAAACGAUAUUAAUGGUAUAGGCUAUACCGUGGUCACAAUUUUGCAAACUGCACUUCAACCCUUGUUUUCGAAAUUAUCCGAUAUGGUUGGCAGAGCUUUUGCAUAUACUAUUUCCGUUAUUUUUUUUAUGAUCGCUUUUAUUGUUAUGGCUUGUGCUAAUAACUAUGCUACUUUAAUUGGCGGUAAAAUUAUUUUUGCUGUUGGCUAUUCUGGAAUUUAUAUUCUUGGCCCCAUUUUAAUUGCAGAUUCUAUUGGUAUUGUCAAUCGUUCAUUAGCUUUGGCUUUUUAUAACUUUCCUAUGCUCAUUACCGUUUUCGUCGGUGCAGCUGCUGGUCAAGGUUUUAUUAAUGCUGGUUUAUGGCGAUGGGGCUAUGGUCAUAUUGCGAUUGUUAUGUUCGUUUGUAGUCUACCUCUUAUUCUCCCUUUAUAUAAUAUUCAAAGAAAAGUAAAAAAAGCCGGUCUUGUUGAAGAGAAACAAACAACUGAAACUAUUGCAUUUAAUCAAAAAUCUUUUUUUCAGAAAUUAAUGUGUAUCUGCAAAGAAAUCGAUCUAGUUGGAGCUAUCUUACUCAUGGCCGGUCUUUUUCUUCUCUUAUUACCGGUUAUUCUUGCUACUUCAUGGGGAGGCUGGAGAUCUGGUAAAGUCCUGGGUUGUUUAAUCCCUGGUAUAGUAGUUAUCAUUCUCUUUGUCUUUUGGGAAUGGAAAGUCUCAAAACCGAUCCUUCCUAUCGUUAAGUGGGAAUCACCAAAUCCAGUCUUAGGCACACUUGUCAUGGCUUGUACAUGGAUGAUCCAUACAUUAAUGGAUGGUACCUAUGCAAGUACUUAUUUGAGAGUCACUCGAAGAUUAGAUGCUCAGAUUGCAACCUAUAUCAAUGAAGGAUUUCAAUGUGCGCAUGCUAUUUGUCCCAUUUUCGUCGGUAUUCUGGUGAUUAAAACGCGUCGAUGGAGGCCCUUCAUUUGGAUUGGAACUGGUCUUAAUGUGGUUAGUUGUGGUUUAAUGAUCCUUGCACGUAAAUCCACCCAACCUGUUAGCUUUUUCGUUAUCGUUCAAGUCCUCAGAGGAAUGUCCCUUAGUUUUCUCAAUUAUCCUGUCCUUGUUGGUAUGCAAGGCUCUAUUCCUAGUAAGGAUGCUGCUAGUGUAACUACAUUCUUUGAAGUAGGUGUCUCUAUCUCAGGUAGUAUUGGUUCUGCUAUUGCUGCUGGUAUUUGGACAGGUGUACUUCCUACUUACUUUAAGAGAUAUGUUCCUGGCAAAUAUGAUUAUUCUGCUAUCGUCAAGAGUAUUUCUGUCGCACUUAAAUUACCUAGAGAUCAAUGGGAAGGUGUAGUUAAGGCAUAUGAUAGUGCUAUGCACAUUUUCUGUAUCGUUGCUCUUAUUAUUUCAUGUGUUGCUUUGAUUUUAUCUCUUUUCUUGAAAGGCUUUGUCUUUGACCCUACAGAUGAACUUUGUCAGAUUGAAGAGAUUGAGAAACACUAUGUAGAAAACGUUGAAAACAAUGAAGAAGACAAUAAUAUUCAAGAAGUUAUCGGUGAUAACCAUGCUACAACAACGCUCUCUAACAAACAAUUUUCCUAA